UGUGCGGGGGUGAAGUGAGAGGUAACCGGGACUCCGGGCGGAAAGGUCUCAGUGGUUCUUGUUGCCCCUUCCCGCGGCUGAACCUUGGGAGCCAUGGUGAACUCGGGCCUCUCCGGAGCCGCCGCCGCCGCUGCCGCCACCGCCGCUACCGUCUCUCUAGAGUGAGGGCCGCGGACGAGGUGAGCAAGGAGGCGGCGGCUGGAGCUGUGGGGACAGCAGCCACCAUGUCGGAUACGCGGCGGCGAGUGAAGGUCUAUACCCUGAACGAAGACCGGCAAUGGGACGACCGAGGCACCGGGCACGUCUCCUCCACCUAUGUGGAGGAGCUCAAGGGAAUGUCGCUGCUGGUUCGGGCAGAGUCCGACGGAUCACUACUCUUGGAAUCAAAGAUAAAUCCAAACACUGCAUAUCAGAAACAGCAGGAUACAUUAAUUGUUUGGUCAGAAGCUGAAAACUAUGAUCUGGCACUAAGUUUUCAGGAAAAAGCUGGCUGUGAUGAGAUCUGGGAAAAAAUUUGUCAGGUUCAAGGUAAGGAUCCAUCAGUGGAAGUCACACAGGACCUCAUUGAUGAAUCAGAAGAAGAACGAUUUGAAGAAAUGCCUGAAACCAGUCAUCUGAUUGACCUGCCCACAUGUGAACUCAAUAAACUUGAAGAGAUUGCUGACUUAGUUACCUCAGUUCUCUCCUCACCUAUCCGUAGGGAAAAGCUGGCUCUGGCCUUGGAAAAUGAAGGCUAUAUUAAAAAACUACUGCAGCUGUUCCAAGCUUGUGAGAACCUAGAAAACACUGAAGGCUUACACCAUUUGUAUGAAAUUAUUAGAGGAAUCUUAUUCCUAAAUAAGGCAACUCUGUUUGAGGUAAUGUUUUCUGAUGAGUGUAUCAUGGAUGUCGUGGGAUGCCUUGAAUAUGACCCUGCUUUGGCUCAGCCAAAAAGGCACAGAGAAUUCUUGACCAAAACUGCAAAGUUUAAAGAAGUUAUACCAAUAACAGACUCUGAACUAAGGCAAAAAAUACAUCAGACUUACAGGGUACAGUACAUUCAGGACAUCAUUUUGCCUACACCAUCAGUUUUUGAAGAGAAUUUUCUUUCUACUCUUACAUCUUUUAUUUUCUUCAACAAAGUUGAAAUAGUCAGCAUGUUGCAGGAAGAUGAGAAGUUUUUGUCUGAAGUUUUUGCACAAUUAACAGAUGAGGCCACGGAUGAUGAUAAACGCCGUGAAUUGGUUAAUUUUUUCAAGGAAUUUUGUGCAUUUUCUCAGACAUUACAACCUCAAAACAGGGAUGCAUUUUUCAAAACUUUGGCAAAGUUGGGGAUUCUUCCUGCUCUUGAAAUUGUAAUGGGCAUGGAUGAUUUGCAAGUCAGAUCAGCUGCUACAGAUAUAUUUUCUUAUCUAGUAGAGUUUAGUCCAUCCAUGGUCCGAGAAUUUGUAAUGCAGGAAGCCCAGCAGAGUGAUGACGAUAUCCUUCUCAUUAAUGUAGUAAUUGAACAAAUGAUCUGUGACACUGAUCCUGAGCUAGGAGGUGCUGUUCAGUUAAUGGGACUUCUUCGUACUCUAAUUGAUCCAGAGAACAUGCUGGCUACAACUAAUAAAACUGAAAAAAGUGAAUUUCUAAAUUUCUUCUACAACCAUUGUAUGCAUGUCCUCACAGCACCACUUUUGACCAAUACUUCAGAAGACAAAUGUGAAAAGGAUAAUAUAGUUGGAUCUAACAAAAACAGCACAAUUUGUCCCGAUAAUUAUCAAACAGCACAGCUGCUUGCCUUAAUUUUAGAGCUACUCACAUUUUGUGUGGAACAUCACACAUAUCACAUAAAAAACUAUAUUAUGAACAAGGACUUGCUAAGAAGAGUCUUGGUCUUGAUGAAUUCAAAGCACACUUUCCUGGCCUUGUGUGCUCUUCGUUUUAUGAGGCGGAUAAUUGGCCUUAAAGAUGAAUUUUAUAAUCGUUACAUCACCAAGGGAAAUCUUUUUGAGCCAGUUAUAAAUGCUCUUCUGGAUAAUGGAACUCGGUACAAUCUAUUGAAUUCAGCUGUUAUUGAGUUAUUUGAAUUUAUAAGAGUGGAAGAUAUCAAGUCUCUUACUACACAUAUAGUUGAAAACUUUUAUAAAGCACUUGAAUCGAUUGAAUAUGUUCAGACAUUCAAAGGAUUGAAGACUAAAUAUGAGCAAGAAAAAGACAGACAAAAUCAGAAACUGAACAGUGUACCAUCUAUAUUGCGUAGUAACAGAUUUCGCAGAGAUGCAAAGGCAUUGGAAGAGGAUGAAGAAAUGUGGUUUAAUGAAGAUGAAGAGGAGGAAGGGAAAACAGUUGUGGCACCAGUGGAAAAAUCUAAGGCAGAAGAUGAUUUUCCAGAUAGUUAUGAAAAAUUCAUGGAGACUAAAAAGGCAAAGGAAAGUGAAGACAAGGAAAACCUUCCCAAAAGGACAUCUUCUGGUGGCUUCAAAUUUACUUUCUCCCACUCCACCAGUGCUGCUAAUGGAACAAACAGUACAAACAGUAAAUCUGUAGUGGCUCAGACACCACCAGCAAGUUCUAAUGGAUCCUCUUCCAAAACUACAAACUUGGCUACAUCAGUAACAGCCACCAAGGGAAGUUUGGUUGGUUUAGUGGAUUAUCCAGAUGAUGAAGAGGAAGAUGAAGAAGAAGAAACAUCUCCCAGGAAAAGACCUCGUCUUGGCUCAUAAAAUAUUUACUGGGGACCCUCAACAUGUGGUUGUACAAAAAUGCUGCAACUGUUCAAUGAGCUGAAAAUCUGAAUCAGAAAGCUUUCUCACUUGAACUUAUAAAUAUACAAGGAAUAGCAAAAGACACUCAGUAUAGCAGCUAGGAGAGUUUAGUUCUGUUAAAAAAAACAGGCUUCCCAGGAACUUGAUCACUUGCUAGUAAUUAAGGGGUUUGCCUUUCAGGCUGUCAAAAAAAAAAGUUAGUAACCAGAACCUGGGAGAUAGCUUCUCAGCAAGGAAACUCUCAAGUUUUGGGAUGGUUUAGGGGAGGGACAAAGUUGAUAAAAUAAUAUUAAUGCAGGGUUGCUCCAGGAGGGUUUCUGAUUUAGAAACAGUUAUAAAACUUCAGUUGCAAACCCAAUAACAUUACUUGUAUAAUGGUGCUGGCCAUGUUGUUCUUUUAAUCAGUUGCCUCUUUUUAAAAGAAAUUUUUAUGGAAAACAAGUUCAACUAUCAUAAAUAAUGAAGUUAAGCUGUUGGGACCAUUUCUUUGAAGAUACAACAAAUUCAGCCUUACUGGUAGGUACAGGGAAAUACACCCUGUAUUACAGCACAUGUUGAGUUUUCUACACCAGGAACUUUAAGUGUGUAUUUUGAUGAAAACAAACAAGCUGGAUUCAAAAUGGACAGUUUUGUUAAUAUAACUUUAAAAUCAGCACUUUUAGAGAUAACAGAUGCCAAGAAUCAGUACAGUAGUAUUCCAAAAUGAUUUUCUCUAGAAAUGGGAGUGGAUUGAACAGAAUGUUUUCAACUGCCUACCAAUACAAUCUUUUGUGGAAGAUACUUUGAAGCCACUUUCUGCUUUGUUAAUAAAGUUCUCUCUCUCCAGAGCUGCAGGCAAGUUUUAAAGUGUAAUUUAUAAAGACUAACAUACAAAGAAUAGUGCUGAAUUAAGUGGCAUUUAAUAUCUACAGGCCAUUUUGAUCCAAGAAGUUACUUCAGUGUCAGAGUAUGCAGCACAUGAAGCUUUUCCAAGAACUAACAAGGGUGUAAUAUGAAAGCUGCUUUUUUUUUUUUAAGAAUAAAAGCACAUUCCAUGUACGUAAAUGAAUUUAAAAUAAUAAACUGAGGCAAACAGUUAAGAGGUUUUAUUUUUAGAACAGCAAGUUAACUGUAAAUAUUUUAAUGUUAGUUUGCUCAUCUAUGAUCUGAGAUGCUGAAGUGAGAAAAACAUCCCCCAAACUACAAUUUAAUGCAUUGGGAAGAAAAAAACCAAAAAACUAAAAAUAGUAAUUCCAGCUACAGUCUUCAGAUCACCCUUGUAAUGUGUUACGGGUCCAUUUUUCCUGGAAUAGCUUAAACUGAAGCAGUUUCCCCUGUUUUGGAGAUUUUGUAGUUAAUUUUAAUUUUGGCUAUUGUUUGGAAGAUGGGCUGUCUGUGUAGAUAUGAAGUAUAGUUUUUCCAUAAAACAGAUGUUUAUUUUGUAUUAAAAAUACCACUGUACUUGUUUUACACCAUUUGUAUACAUGUGGUGAUAUUAAUGCUGACCUGUAAAAUUCAGGAAUUAAAAUGUG